AUGCUAUCAAAAUUUGUAAUCCAAGUCCACGUACGCGGCUUCAAUAUCUUUCCCGGCGCCACGAUUGUGAAUGCUAUCCUUUCCACGUUGCACUGCGUGUUUGUGGUUCACAGUUUCAGCAACUGGUUACACAGAAAUUGGCAACACGUAGGUACCUACCAGGCCGUGUCACGCAACUACAUCCCCUAA